AGCAUCAAGCUAUAUGCGUUUAGUGUUAGUCGAGUAUUGUUACGGAAAACGUCGUGAUAAAUUUACUUAAACUUAAGUUGAGAUUAUUUCAUCGAGUUUAAUACAUACAAUGGAAUGGAUAAAAUCAAUACUACUAUGUCUUAAUAAUUAAACAGGCCGCAAUAUAAGUAAUAAUAUGUCUGUGUUGGCCAAACAGUUGUGGAAUUUAAGAAUUACAAUUUGUCGUGCUAAAAAGUCCACAUCAGCCCUUACAAGCAUAUCACAAGGGGAUGUAGAUUUUGCCAAAGAAUAUUCGGAAUUACCAGGCCCUAAGUCGUUACCAUUGUUGGGUAAUAAUUGGAGGUUCAUGUCAUACAUUGGUGACUAUAAAGUAACUGAAAUAGAUAAACUCUCAUUGAGAUUAUGGAGAGAGUAUGGAGACAUUGUAAAAAUUGAAAAAUUACUCGGGAGACCAGAUAUGGUAUUUCUGUACGAUGCGGACGAGAUUGAAAAAGUAUUUAGAAAUGAAGAGCUUAUGCCACACCGGCCGUCUAUGCCAUCAUUAAAUUAUUAUAAGCACGUUUUACGGAAAGAUUUCUUUGGUGAUCUGGCCGGUGUUAUAGCUGUUCAUGGUCAAAAAUGGUAUGAAUUUCGAAGUAAAGUACAACAACCUAUGCUGCAACCAAGAACAGCAAAAUUUUAUAUCGGAACUAUUGAAGACACGGCAACAGCGUUUGUAAAUAGGAUAAAAAAAAUAAAAAAUAAUUAUCAAGAAGUUCCUGAUGACUUUUUAAAUGAAAUUCAUAAAUGGUCGCUUGAAUCUAUCGCUAGAGUGGCAUUAGAUCAAAAACUCGGAUGCCUUGAAGAUGAACAUACUGUAGACUCGGAUACACAAAAUUUAAUAGACGCCAUCAACACGUUUUUUGCAAAUGUUCCAGAGUUGGAAUUGAAAAUACCAUUUUGGAAAUUAUUUAGUACGCCGACUUGGAGAAAGUAUAUAAAAGCGUUGGAUACUAUUACCAAUGUUACGUCUAAACACAUAAAUCGAUCUAUGGAUCAAUUAUUAUCUCAAAAAUCAUUUCAUCCGGAUAGUCAAUCAUCUUUGUUACAAAGAGUACUUAGUUUGGAUCCAUCUAAUCCAAAGUUAGCUCAGAUACUGUCGUUAGACAUGUUCAUCGUUGGCAUAGACACGACCUCAGCAGCUCUCGCAUCGAUUCUUUAUCAAUUAAGUCGACAUCCAGAAAAACAAAAGAAACUAAGAGAAGAAAUACGAACUGUGUUGCCAAAUGCUGAUUCAAAAUUAACUUCUAACAAACUCGAACAGUUACAGUAUCUAAAAGCAUGCAUAAAAGAAACACUGAGAAUGUAUCCUGUGGUUAUUGGAAAUGGUCGCUGUAUGACCAAAGAAACAAUAAUAAGUGGAUAUAAAAUUCCAAAAGGAGUGCAAGUCGUGUUUCAACAUUACGCUAUUAGUAAUAGCAGUAGAUACUUUUCACAUCCAGAACAGUUUUUACCGGAAAGGUGGUUAAAAAACAGUGGUUAUAAACACCACCCGUUUGCUAGUUUACCAUUCGGUUAUGGAAAAAGAAUGUGCUUAGGCCGUAGAUUUGCCGAUUUGGAACUUCAAACAGUUGUUUCAAAGAUUUUUCAGAACUUUGAAGUCAAGUAUGAGUAUGGUGAUUUGGAAUACACUGUCCAUCCAAUAUACAUGCCAGAUGGUCCAUUGAAAUUUAAAAUGAUUGAAGACUAAACAUUUUUAUGAAAUUGUAUGUCAAUGCUA